UCUUUGGCAUAAGAACAAUAUACUACUUAGGUGUGUUAAGCUUCUUAAACUAAAAAUAUGGAACAGAUUUUAUGAUACAGAAAAUAUGUUUUCUUUUUUAGGUGUUUGUUUUAUUCUGCUGUUUUUAAAUGAAGUCAAAAUGCCAAUAAGGCCAGAUGUCCAGCAGUUGGAAAAAUGCAUCGAUGAUGCUUUAAGAAAAAAUGAUUUCAAACCUUUAAGAACACUUUUACUAACUGAUAUUUGUGAAGAUGUGAAGAUUAAAUGCAGCAAACAGUUUUUCCACAAGUUGGAUGAACUUAUAUGCAGGGAACUUAAAAAAAAGAAUAUCCAAACAGUUUCAACCAUUUUGGUUUCUGUUGGAAGAUGUGGUAAAAAUAUCAGUAUAUUGGGACAAGCUGGACUUCAAACUAUGAUAAAGCAAGGACUAGUCCAAAAGAUGGUUGCCUGGUUUGAAAAAUCUAAGGAGCUUAUUCUAAAUGGAGGAAAUUCAAAAGAUGAAGCUGUUAUAAAUAUGAUAGAAGACUUCUUUGAUGUUUUGAUGGUCAUACAUGAUGUCAGUGAUGAAGGUAAAAGGCAAAUAGUGGAAAGUUUUGCACCUCGAAUUUGUUCCCUGGUUAUUGACUCAAGAGUGAAUAUCUGUAUUCAGCAGGAGACUCUAAAAAAAAUGAAUGCUAUGCUUGACAGAAUGCCUCAAGAUGCCAGGAAAAUAAUCUCUAGUCAAGAAAUGUUGAUUCUCAUGAGUAGUAUGGGGGAAAGGAUUUUAGAUGCUGGAGAUUAUGAUUUACAGGUAGGCAUCAUAGAAGCUUUAUGUAGAAUGACCACAGAAAAACAAAGACAAGAACUGGCAUGUCAGUGGUUUUCAAUGGAUUUUAUUGCUAAUGCAUUUAAAGGAAUUAAAGACUCUGAAUUUGAAACAGAUUGCAGGGUAUUUCUCAACCUUGUAAACGGCAUGCUUGGAGACAAGAGAAGGGUCUUUACAUUUCCUUGUUUAUCGGCAUUUCUUGAUAAAUAUGAAUUACAAAUACCAUCAGAUGAAAAACUUGAGGAAUUUUGGAUUGAUUUUAAUCUGGGUAGCCACACUCUCUCGUUCUACAUUGCUGGAGAUAAUGAUGAUCAUCAGUGGGAAGCAGUCACUGUGCCUGAGGAAACAGUACAUUUGUACAGCAUUGAAGUGAGAGAGUCGAAGAAGCUACUAACCAUAAUUCUGAAAAAUAUAAUAAAAAUUAGUAAAAGAGAAGGAAAAGAACUGCUUUUGUAUUUUGAUACAUCGUUAGAAAUCACUAAUGUGACUCAAAAAAUUUUUGGUGUUGAUAAGUACAGGGAAUUUACCAGGAAACAAGGCAUUUCAGUUGCAAAAACAUCUGUGCACAUACUUUUUGAUGCAAGUGGAUCACAGAUUCUAGUGCCGGAAAGUCAAAUCUCACCAGCUGAAGAAGAACUUGUAUGUUUAAAAGAAAAACCUAAUCCCCAAAAGGAAUUCGCUAAACCUCCAAAAUAUAUCAGAAACAGUAAUCAAGAGGACAGAAAAAAUAGUCCGCUCCAGAUAAUUACUCCCAGCAAAAGAAAAAUGUCUGAAGCAUCUAUGAUUGUUCCUGGUGCAGACAGAUAUACUGUGAGAAGUCCAAUACUAUUAAUCAACACAUCAACACCUCGCAGGGGGAGAAUUAAACCACCACUGCAAAUGAUGAGCUCUGCAGAACAGCCUGGUGUUUCUAAAACAUCAGAAAAUGGAGUGAAUAAUGCUGUAUGGCUUAAAUCUGAACGAUCUGAAGGGCAAAAUAGAGGCGAUAAUACAGACAAACAUGUGAAAACUGCUAAAGUUGUUGAAAAGACGGAAAAGAAGGGCAGUGAAUUCCCAAACCAAAAUUUUAGUGAAUUCCAGGAUUUUGUUCCUGAUUCACAGGCAGUGGUAAAGAUAGAUAAACCUGUAUUACCUGGUGUUUUGGACAAUAUCUAUGAAAACAAAACACACUCCAAGUGGGCAUGUUGGACACCUGUAACAAAUAUUCAGCUUUGUAAAAACCAAAGAGCAAGCACUUCAUCAGAAGACACAUUUAAUCAAGAUCUUGUUAUCCACAAAAAACUUGCUGAGCAAAAAUCAUCCUCUUCAAUAUCUGAUGAUAAUUUUGAAGAAACAAGAAAGAUACGAAGUACAAAAGAAACAGUGGCAGAAAACAAAGUAGAUAAAGCAGAAGUAGAAAUUUGUGAAAGAAACAAUCAACAAGUAAAUGAUCCUAAACAUUUGGAGGAAAAAAAUACUGAACAUACCAAGCUGUGUGAUUGGCGUGUUGAAUCUGAAACUACUUUUAAAUCAGUGCUUUUAAAUAAGACAGUUGAAGAAUCUCUGAUAUAUAGGAAGAAAUACAUAUUGUCAAAAGAUGUGAAUACUGCUGUUGCAGAUAAAAACCCUUCUCCUAGAAAAAAUGUGAAAAGUCUUAGAAAAUCAGGGAAAAGACUGACUUCUGAACUUAAUUCCUGCAACUUGAAACCAAAAAACAUGAGAGAAAAGCCAAAAGGGAGAGGACUUACUGAUGCAGCAGCAUCCUUGAUAAACCAAAUUAAUAAGCGAUACAACACCAAGGAUGACAUAAAGUCUACAAGAAAACUAAAGGAGUCUUUGAUUGACAGUGGUUUUUCAAACAGAUCUGAUCUACAACUCAAUAAGGAAAAGGUUCAGAAAAAAAGUUUCAGACAACUGAAGACUACUUACGUUAAUGUCACUUCUGAAUGCCCAUUGAAUGAUGUUUACAAUUUUCAUUUGAAUGGAGCUGAUGAACCUGUUAUAAAACUUGGAGUCCAGGAAUUUCAAGCUACAGCUAGAGAAGCCUAUGUGGAUAAUUCAAUAAAAUUGGUAGGUGUAAGGAAUCAUGAUGAACUUGAACCUUCUCUGAAAACAAAAGAUAAAAGAAUUAUAAAAAAUCAUAAAAAGAAGCAUCUUUUUAGUGAUACAGAAACAGAUUACAAAUGUGAUGACAGCAAGACUGAUAUCAGCUGGUUAAGAGAACCAAAAUCCAAACCACAGCUAAUAGACUACAGCAGAAAUAAAAAUGUGAAGAGACAUAAAAGUGGGAAACCAAGAUCAUCCUUAGAAAGGGGACAACCAAGACAUAAAUUGACACCCAGCAAAAACAUCACCAAAAAGAUAGAUGAGACAGUUUCAGAUGGGCGAACCAGACUUCCACGAAGAGCAGCAAAAACUAAAAAAAAUUAUAAAGAUCUCUCAAAUUCAGAGUCAGAGAGUGAGCCAGAAAUUUCACAUCCACUUGAAGAGAAAUUACUAGUAAAGGAGGAAAAUACCCAUUCCAGAAGUAAAACCAUGAAGCCGCCAAAGAAACCGCAGAAUGCUUCCCCUGCUGAAACACAAAAGAAGCUACCAAAAGAGUGGGAGAACUCAUUUCUAGUAAAAGAUGCGGUAAGAGACAGCAGCCUUGACUUCUCCCCUGCAUCUUCAUCUGGGUCUCCAUCACCUGUAGAAGUAAUGAGAGGUAUAGAGAAAAUAACAGAAAGGGAUUUUACUCAGGAUUAUGACUGUGUAACAACAAAAUCUGUAUCACCUUCUCCAAAAAAUGUAUCACUUGAGUCCUUAAAUAGUAAAAAUGGAGUUGGAGAUUCAAUAAAGUCACCUCAAAGCAGUGAGAAAAAUUUGCUAUGUGCAAGAGAAAGUUACUCACCAAUUCCACAUCUACUCUUUUUGCCCAGCCAUACUCCAGUAACUAAGGAUAAUACUGUCCUGAAUAGAAAAAAUAUAAAUUCAGUGGCACUUACAGAAGAAACACAAGAUUGCAGCACCUAUUCAGAUGUAAGCAGUUGUAAUUCAGAAAAUGAACUUCUAAAUAUCAGUGAAAAUCAUGUACAAAGAAAGAAAGAGGAAAGCCAUUCAUCUCCAUUAUCCAUGUCUAGUGAAAGAGAAGAGAAAAUCUGGUAUAACAUGUCUUUUGACACUACUCAUGAAUCAGGCCCCACUCAGCAUUCUAAUCGCAAACGAAUGUACGUAGAUGAUAACCUAAGUCAUUCUGAUGAUGCAGAAAUGGAAGAGGAAGAAGAAAGAAGAGCAAACUUGCUUCCCAGAAAACUGUCUAAAGUCGAAGAUGCAGAUCAUCACACCUAUAAAAUGUCUGAAAGUAUAUCUGCGUUUUCAGCAUAUGAGUUUUAUAUUCCUGGGAAGAGGUGGGAAACCAGAUGUUCAAAUGUAGCGAUGAUGUGUGAGAAAUUGGGUAAAGAAUUUAAGAGGAGAAUUCAGACCCACUACAAAAGGAUGGAUUAUUUUACUAAGCAGUCUUGGAAAUCAGCUCAACACCAUAUGAAAACAAUGAACCAUCAUAUUCAAGAGCAGAGGAAUAAAAAACUUGAUAAAUUUCAAUUCACCAUCAUACAGGAGCUGGAGAAUUUUGAAAAAGAGGCACAGUCUUUAAAAAAUUUGGAGAAGGAAUUUGUGGACUUAUGGGAAAAGAUACUUCAGAAGUUCAGUGCCUGUCAGAAAAGUGAACAGCAGAGGCUUCACCUUUUGAGAACGUCAUUUGAUAAAAAUGUCAUCCACAAUACUGAUAAUGAAGAAGGUAUUUUUACAUCUGAGAUGUGUUUGAUGAAAGAAAACAUGAAAAGGCUACAAGACAGGCUUCUUAAGGAAAUGAACCUGCGACCCAUCCCACAGCCUUGA